GCUCGACAUUUUCACGAAUACUUCAUAACCCACCUCCCCACCUCCUCCAUGCAUCCCGACAAGUCCGCCGGCGGACCACACCACAAGCUCCCCCGAGACAAAUCGACGCCUCAUACCCUGCGGGGAUCGAACAGAACUCCCGCAGCGCCUCCGCCCAUGGUGGGAAUGUCCCGGGAGAUGACGGUCGUGCGCAUACCGCUCAAGAGCGCGAAACACCACUUUGGGGUUUCCCUUUCACGGGGUAGUCGACCGUACAACGAAGACACAUUUCAGGCGGGCACAAUCGAUAUACCGGCGUUCUCUAAACGAAGGCCUAUGACCCUGACACGCAGCAAUCGUGGAAACGUAGCUGGGGAGGUAACGCCGGCUGAUAGCCCAAGCGGAGACCCCCAGGUCUUCUACUUUGGAGUCUUCGAUGGCCAUGGAGGAAUAGAAUGCAGCGACUUCUUGCGGGAGCAGCUACAUCAAUACAUUGAAAGAGGUGCGAAGCUCUUCGAGCUGGAAAGCAGUCUCAGACGCAAAGGCAAGCCGGAGCGAUAUAUGGGCUGGCCGAGCAGUCUAGGCGAAAGCGGCAGGGACAGCUUGGAGGCUGUGGACACAUAUACGGCCCCCGGUACUGAGCCGGUCAAGCCACCAAAAGCAGGCACUAAUGAACAGCCACCAAGCGGGACUGAUGCUGCUACGCCUCCAGAGGAUGCUCGGUCUGUCAAGCAAUCUGAUAGCGUGUGUAGAGCAGAAGAGUUAGAGAGCGAGCUUGUGAAGGCUUGGAAGGAACUUGUGGGUGGCUACUAUAGACGCUUCAAGCCCGAGUACUUUGCGUUGUCCGCCGGAGGCCAGGGUCAUAACGCAGAGAAAGAGAUGGCUGAACGGAAGCAGCUCCAAAAUUCAUGCGUCCCGGACGACACCACAGAGGGUAUCGGCAUCGAGACGGUCCUCGAGUAUGCCUUCUUGAAAGCGGACUACGACUUCGUGUCGGCUCAAGUUGGCAAAAAGGACGAGGAUCCGGUCCUAGCUGACCGCGCCAUCAACGACGACGACAUACUUGGAAGCCCUUCCACUAAACGCAUAGGCGGCCCAAUGCGCUUCAAAGGCGGUAGCACGUGUAGCAUUGCGCUCAUCUCCACGCCAACCCCCUCGCCCUUCUGGCAUCCUGCCUCUCCUUCAACACUCAUUACGGCUCACUGCGGUGACACGCGGAUUCUACUCUGUAACACAGCAACUGGGCUUGCUGUUCCGCUCACAUCGAACCACCACCCUUCUCUGCCCAUGGAAGCUACCCGGCUGCGGCGAUAUGCGGCGACGUUCGUGACCGAUUCGUUCGGCGAAGAACGAGUCUCCGGCCUUGCCAACACCCGUGCCUUUGGAGACAUGGCAUCGAAACGCAUAGGCGUUUCUGCUGAGCCGGAGAUUCGGCGCAUGGAGAUCUCGCCGGCGGAAUUCUCCUUCCUGGUUCUCGUAUCUGACGGCGUGUCGGGCCAUCUGAGCGACCAGGAGAUCGUGGACGUCGUCAAGGAAGCCCGCACUCCAGAGCAGGGCGCUCGGGAUGUGACUGGCUUUGCCACUGAGGUGGCCACCGACGCUGAUAAUGCCACGACGCUAGUCGUGCGGCUGGGAGGAUGGGAACGGAGGAGCGAGGGCGGGCUGGGCAGUCUGGGGACAAAAGAACUACGGGACUGGCGGAAGGAAGAGGCCAACAACCCGCGAAGUAGGAUGUAGAGGCAUGGCACUGCAUACGCGGCGUUUGGGAGAAGCUGGGAACAGGCUCGUGCUGUACAUGUACUUGUAUAUAAGGUCGUUGGGUCACUGGGCCGUGGGCCAAAGCAUUGGGUGGUUCUUGUCGGCAUAGCUGAAGCGCGCACCGACGUACAGACGAGACAGUCGUGAAGACGUCUUCGCUGCAUUUCUACCGAUUUCUGCUGCUCUGAGG